AUGGCCAGGAGGAACCACACCAUCGUGACCGAGUUCUUCCUCACUGCAUUCAGCGAGCGUCCUGAGUGGGGGCUUCCUCUCUUCCUGCUGUUUUUGGGGUUUUAUGUCAUCACCUUGUUGGGGAAUGCGGGGAUGGUCCUUCUGAUCCGAGUGGAUGGCCGGCUGCACACCCCGAUGUACUUCCUCCUCGGCCACCUGUCCUUCGUGGACAUCUGCUACUCAUCCACCAUCGUGCCGCAGAUGCUGGCGGUGCUGCUGCAGCGGGGGGCAGCGCUGUCCUACACCUGCUGCGCUGCUCAGUUCUUCCUCUUCACCUUCUUUGCUUCCAUCGACUGCUACCUGCUGGCCCUCAUGGCCUAUGACCGCUACGUGGCCGUGUGCAGGCCCCUGCUGUAUGUCACCAUCAUGACCGAGAAGGCGCGCUGGGGCUUCGUGGCUGGGGCUUAUGGGGCUGGUUUCUCCAGCGCCUUUGUUCGAACAGUCACAGCCUUCUCCCUCUCCUUCUGCGGGGACAACGAGAUUGACUUUAUUUUCUGUGACCUUCCCCCUCUGUUAAAGCUGACCUGUGGGGACAGCUACACCCAGGAGGUGGUCAUUGUUGUGUUUGCCAUCUUUGUCAUGCCUAUUUGUGUGGUGGCGAUCUUGGUGUCCUACCUGUUUAUUGUUGUGGCCAUUAUGAGGAUCCCCUCUGCGGGGGGCCGGGCCAAGACCUUCUCCACCUGCGCCUCUCACCUCACGGCUGUGUCCCUCUUCUUCGGCACCCUCAUCUUCAUGUACCUGCGAGGUAACGAGGACCAGCCCUCCAAGGGAGACCGAGUGGUGUCAGUGCUCUACACAGUGGUGACCCCUCUGCUGAACCCCUUCAUCUAUAGUCUGAGGAAUAAGGAAGUGAAGGAGGCCCUUAGGAAAGCUCUGAACAGGCCAAAGGCUUCUGGAAGGCCCUAG